AUGAGAUAUCCUGAAAAUUGGGUUAAUACUAAACCAGGUUUGGAUCAAGUUGUUAAGAAACUAAGCAGUUUGACAUCACUUGAAUUUAAACUGACAGAUGCCUUGAUUGGAGAUGCUUUGAUAUUAUUUGAGCACAAGUUUAGAAAUAUAGGAGACAUACUUAUCAAUGCAUUUACCAUUGUUACAAAGAGAGACAUACUCUCCAUUUGCUUAAGAGAACUCUUGAAUCCUGAAAGGACUUUCAAUCAUUAUGACUUAUUUGAAUUUGUCAUCAAUGUGAUUGAUAAGCCUGAAGAGAAAAUUCUCUUUCAACUUGAAGAGUAUGCUAUUGAGAAUCCCAUGAUGGAUGUCUUUCAAGACAAUAAUGGUUUAAUUCCUCAAGCUUGUACAAUUCUGAAGUAUCCAUCAAUCAUGUAUGAAUACAUGUUAGUAAAGUUUGGCACAAAGUCUCGAGUUACUAGAUAUUUGAUGAAAGAGAUCAUAACUGCACAUAUAGGAAAAGCAAAACUUAUUAAAUUCUAUCCAUCUCUAGCUUCUUCCGUUCUGAUGGACUUCAGAUGGCAGGAAUUAGAUUACAUCUUCAAUACAUAUUGUAUGGCAGGUGUUCCUUUUGAACCAGAGUUUUUACCUUUGGUCAAAACAUGUCCGAGUGAUACAGUUAUUAAAUGUCUAUUUGAUGGAUAUUUAUCAAGACUGUUUGGAUUCAAAGUUGAAUUCACACUAUCACGAGUAGAUCAACUCCCAAUAUUUAACAUUAUUCCGUUCACACACAGAGAACACAAUGCAAGCAGUGAAGCAAACAAAGAAAAAGUGGAAUGGUUGAAUGCGAUUAAUUGCAAUCAAUAUGAACCAAUCACAGACACGUUUAGACGCCACCUUGAAAAGUUUCGCAGCCGUCUUCGUUUGAACUUGAUUUAA